AUGGUGACGACAAGAGCACAGCGGUCCGAAGGCGCCACUCCAGCCCCAAACCCUGACCAAGUCUCGAUCACCGCCGAGGCCGGAGAUGUGUCUGCCACAGUGGUACAGUCAAUGCGGCGCACCAGGUCCGCUGGUGUCAAGCCUGAGGUCUCUAUGCAAGCCAUCAGCAUAACCCCCACGUCUUCAGCCCAGACAUCGAAUGUGACUCCUCGUCUCAUUAUCAAGCUGAAGCUUCCUGGUCGCCAGCAUGCCGAGAUUGCGGAUACCAAGAUCCAUGUGACUUCCAUGCGGGAGACCAAGGGCAAAGCGGUGGAGAGGAAACGGGCUGGCCGAGGGGCAGCAGCAGCAGCAGCUGCUGCUUCUCGAGGCUUCAAACGCGAGUCUACUGAUGAAGAUUCGGCAAGUUCUCCGCCCAAGAAAAGCAAGACAUCCCAUGAAGAAGGAGAAGACGAAGCGGAGGAGGACGAAUUCAAACCCGACAGUGCCACGACUAAAGCUCUGGGUGUGCCCACUGUCGCACGAGUGCUUCGCGGUCGAGGCGAAGAUGGGACUGUCACCGGGCGAAUCAGAGCCGCUGAAAAGGCAAAGGAAGACUUGCGCGGAACCUUCGUCGCUCUCCGAGCGGCAAAUCUUGGUCAAUUCCUCAAGAAGAUGAAAAAGCGACGCCCCACCACUCCCUAUACCAACAAGCAACGCUUCAAGUUCGGCCACGACCAUCUCUGGUACUGGACGUCGCCAAGUCCGUACGACAUUCGCAAGGUCUCGGAAAUUCUUGUAGAGGAACGGCCUGUCAUCAACCAGGUCGCUGCGGCCGAAGGAACGGCAACCAACCCAUUCCAUGCCAGCGCGGGCAUCUCCAUCGACUCCAUUGUGCGCGUCAUCCUGUCACAAGCAUGCACCAACGAAGCCGCACUGGACGCACAGCAGGCGAUGCUCCUGGCCUACCCGUAUUGGACCAACGGCAAAUGGGUUGCAGGACAGAAGCCGAAUUACCACGCCAUGCGUGCGCAGAGCCUGUCCAAGCUGGAAAAGGUGCUGAAAAAGGCGGGUCUGGCCAACAAGAAGCCCAAAGCAAUCAAGGACAUUCUCGACAUUAUAUAUCAAAGAAAUGUCGCGCUCCUCGAACCACUGGGACAUGGCGAAGUCGUAUACGACGGCAACGAGAGGGGAGCAGCCGACUUUGUUCCGGGCUUACUGUCGGUGGACUAUUUCUGGGACAUCUACAAACAAGAGGGCAAGCAAGCUCUCCUGGACCACCUUGUGUCGCUCCCGUUGAUCGGCGUCAAGUCGGCGUCCUGCUUGAUGUGCUUCAACAUGUCGCUGCCCGUGUUUGCGGUGGACACCCACGUCGCCGGCAUGGCAAAGCUCCUCGGUUAG